UCCACCUUGGUUGGCAAAGCGUUAAAAAGAACUUGCCGCACGCCCCCAACCCCUCCCCCAGCUCCCGCCGGAGUUUCCUAAAAAGGAACCGUGCCAAGUUUGGACCAAGGAAGAAACAUGACGGAUCAAAGGCAGGCCAUACUUCCUGUUGGCUCGAUGCUAUAUAUAACGUGACCAGUGCACGAGCUGCACAGACGCACCUCGCGCUCGCCUCGCCGCUGCUGCCGCCGCCCGAGCGCCUGAGGUUUCCCCCGGACCACAAUGAACAAGUUGCUGUGCUGCGCGCUCCUGGUCCUGGACAUCUCCGUCAAGUGGACCAUGCAGGAAACCUUUCCUCCAAAAUACCUUCAUUCUGACCCAGAAACCUCUCGUCCGCUUAUGUGUGACAAAUGUCCUCCUGGCACCUACUUAAAACAGCACUGUACAUCAGAGCAUGAGACUCUGUGUCUUCCUUGCCCGGACCACUACUACACAGACAGUUGGCACACCAGUGAAGAAUGUCUGUAUUGCAGCUCAGUGUGCAAGGAGCUGCAGCAUGUCAAGCAGGAAUGCAAUCGCACCCACAACCGUGUGUGUGAAUGCGAGGAAGGACGCUACCUCGAAGUGGAGUUCUGCUUGAAACACAGGCGCUGUCCCCCUGGGUUUGGAGUGGUACAAGCCGGAACCCCAGAGCGAAACACAGUUUGCAAAAGAUGUCCAGAUGGGUUCUUCUCGAAUGAGAUGUCUUCUAAAGCCCCCUGUAGAAAGCACACAAAUUGCACCGCACUCGGUCUUCUGCUAACUCAGAAAGGAAACGCGACACAUGACAGUGUAUGUUCUGGGAGCAGUGAAUCAACUCAAAAAUGUGGAAUAGAUGUCACCCUGUGUGAGGAGGCGUUCUUCAGGUUUGCUGUUCCUACAAAGUUUACACCAAACUGGCUCAGUGUUCUAGUAGACAGUUUGCCUGGAAGCAAAGUAAAUGCGGAGAGCGUAGAGAGGAUAAAACGGCGACAUAGCUCACAAGAACAAACAUUCCAGCUGCUCAAGUUGUGGAAACAUCAAAACAAAGACCAAGAUAUGGUCAAGAAGAUCAUCCAAGAUAUCGAUCUCUGUGAAAACAGUGUGCAACGGCACAUUGGGCACGCAAAUCUUACCUUGGAUCAGCUUCGCAGUUUGAUGGAAAGUUUGCCUGGGAAGAAGGUAGGCUCAGAAGACAUUGAAAAAGCAAGGAAGGCUUGUCAAUCAAGUGAGCAGCUCCCCAAGCUGCUCAGCCUCUGGAGAACGAAAAACGGAGACCAAGACACCUUGAAGGGGCUCAUGCACGCACUGAAGCACCUGAAAACCUACCACUUUCCCCAAAGCGUCACUCAGAGUCUGAAGAAGACCAUCAGGUUCCUGCAUAGCUUCACCAUGUACAGACUGUACCAAAAGCUGUUCCUAGAGAUGAUAGGGAACCAGGUCCAGUCUGUAAAAAUAAGCUGCUUAUAAUGGAAAUUAGCCACUGGGCUCUUCCUUGCCAAAGGGGCCAGAUCUGAUGGCUGAGUAGACUGUUGCUCAGGCAUUCGAGAGGAGACAAUGAUUUCUUUCUCGUCACCAAUGGCUAAUUCUGGGGCAGGGCACCCGAAGAAACUAUGUGAAGAAAGAAGUAGCAGCUCCUCAAUAGUUCAGUAAAUCCCAAAUAGUUUAUUCAACUGUUAGAUCUGGCCCCGUAUCUACUGACUGUUUUCCUUUAUUACUGCUUGCAGUAAUUCAACUGGAAACAACAAAACAUAGACUCCAUUGUGCUUUACUAAAUAAGGGAAUGUGUAACUUAAAUAGCUUGGAGAUUUCAGCUGUGCAAGUGGCUUUUAUUAGAAAGCCAUUAUUUUUUUUUUCUGUAAAAGUUACUAAUGUAUCUGUAACACUAUUACAGUAUUGCUAUUUAUAUUCAUUCACUUAAAAGAUUUGUACAUAUUAUCCUCCUAAAGAGAAGCAGUGUGUGACUUAAUUUCAGAAAGAAAAAAUAUAUUGUUUAUUAUUAUGAAAAAUGAAAGAGAUAAAAUAUAUUUUUUAAUGGAAAGUGUAGGAUUUUCUAAUAGUUAUUGCCUUUUUUUCUAUGUGGAGUGUUUUUUAAUAAUAUAAUUUUAUCUAUAAGCUGUAAUAUCUUUUUGUAGAAAAUGCAUUAUUUAGUCAAUGGUUUAAUGUUGGAAAGUAUAUGAGAUAUAAAUUAUCUGAAUAUUAGAUGCUCUGAAAAAUUG